AGACGAGUGAAGAAACCCGUGGCAUCUGACGGCUCACCAAGUCGGGGGAAGAGAGAGAGAGAGAGAGAGAGAGAGAGAGAGAGAGAGAGAGAGAGAGAGAGAGAGAGAGAGAGGAUGUAGGUGAAAUGCUUGAGAAUCUUACAUAGAUUUGCAGGUGUGUGCAGGCAGAGGAGGAAGCGAGUGUGUUUGAGCGGAGGGAGGACAUACGGCAGUCAUGGCAUCUGAGGUGAGGGAAAUGAAGGUGACCAGGCACGAGAUGGCCAAGGCGCGACUUGUCCUCGGUUCACGGGAUUACUGUGCACAUCUUCUCAUUCCGUUGAACCGAUGCCGCGAGAAAACAUUGUACCUCCCCUGGAAAUGCGUGGAUGAGCGGCACGCAUACGAGAAGUGUGAGUACGAGCUCAUGAUGGACCAGUUCAAGAAGAUGGACGACAUUAAGCGAGCGGCAGGAAACGUGGCUACUAAGAAGUAACUGUGUAGCACCCAUCGGUCAUCAGUGAAGAUGGUGGUGGAGUGAAGGAUGGAGAGUGAGCAGGGGAAGUGAGAGGCAGAGAGGUACAGGAAGGGAGGGAGGGAGGGAGGGAGGGAGGGAUCAAGGGAGGUACAGCAAAAGAAAGGGAGGGAGGGAUCAGCGGUGAUCCUGUUAGUGUGGUCAGUGAUUAAUGGACUUGUGUGUCGCCUUUCUCCAAUCCGUUCAUCGACGCCUGCUCUUUGGGUUUUGUUAAAAUUACAUGGAUGAUGGACCUACUUUUCAAUCCAUUGUGGAAACAUAGCAUGUGUUUCUACUACGUUCUAGUCAUGACACCAAUGCCGCGGCUCACAAAUUACUCUGAAAAAGCUAUCUCUUGCGAGCGCCUGCGAAGUAGUGAAACUGUGAAAGUGUUUGUCACCGCAGAUCAAGUGGACUGUUUUGUCACCAACCUCAAAUCCGGUGGACCGUUUUGGGACAGUCCUCACGUCCAGAUGCAUUCACCAAUCCGGUGACGGUUUACUCACGAUACGACUCCACUUACGUUUUUUGGGACGUAAUUGUGGUCAGAUGCAUCCGGGUAGGGUCGGAAAAGCAAGUCCGAUACAUUCAAGAUCGUACUAGUGUGAGUUGGCGUGGAGAACGACUUCCAGUGAGUUGAAGAUCGUGCUAGUGUGAGUUGGCCCCAAGAACGACUUCCAGUGAGUGGGGUGAAUAGUCGUGGUCUUGGCUCAGCGUUCCAUUCUCAGAAUUGUCUUCAAUAGAGGCAGCAAGUUUGGGAAGGGAGGGAGGGGGGGGGAAGUGGGGGAGGGGGGAGUUCCGUUACUCGGCAAAUCAAGGGCGAGAAGUCAGCAUGCAGAGAGACAAUGGAAGGCCAAAAAGCUGCCGAGGGGUAUUAGCAAAAUGGCUUGCCCAACCCACUGUCGAACAGCUUGGCCCCAUAGCAGUCUGCUCAUCUGCCUUCCCAGAGCAGUGGGUUCAUCUCCCUGUGUAAUUUACCCAGAGGGAGACCCUACCACCAUGAGAGCUUGCUGAGUGGGGCCCAAAUGGAAGGCCCAAAUAUGAGGUCCAGACUCCACAGCAAUUUCCCUUGAGGGUCACACUGGGCCGUCAUGCAUGGACGAUGCUCAACUUUGCUGAUGUGUUAGACUGUUUUUUUCCCCUUUCCUGUUCAUCUGAUCGCAGCUGGACUCGAACUUGGGGGUCUGUAUUUCAACAGUUCAUUGGGUGUACCAACUGAGAUAGACCUGUUUGUCUGUUUUCUCCUUUUCACUGCAAUGAAACUGGAAAGUAGUC